AACAAGAACGACUUGCAUUGAUCAGAAAGAAGCUCACAACGUCGAGGGCAAAUAUGCAGCUCUGUUGAUAGCCUGUAUUUUCCUUUAUGAAGAAGAAUACGAAGGUUUCAACAAGUGGUCUUUAGUGGACAUUCGGGACAGUUGUAGGCCUACAUACAUUUCCAUUGUGCCCCUACGCGAUAAUGUUUCAGCGUGGCAUCCUGGUUUUGUUGGUGGCUCUCUCCUACACCGAAUACCAGACAGAGGCGGCGGGGUGCUCUGGGUCAUCAUGCGAAGGAAAAUGUGACUGCAGCGGAGUGAAAGGAGCAAAGGGUGAGCGCGGGUUUCCUGGUCUCCAAGGCAACAUGGGGUUCCCGGGCAUGCAGGGCCAUGAGGGGCCUGCUGGGCCGAUGGGCCCUAAGGGAGAGUAUGGCGAGUCUGGAACUCCUGGGAUGAAAGGAACACGUGGCCCUAAUGGUUUGCCAGGCUUCCCAGGAAAUCCAGGGCUUCCGGGCAUCCCCGGACAAGACGGCCCCCCUGGAUCGCCAGGUAUCCCAGGGUGCAAUGGAACAAAGGGAGAUCGAGGGACAGAUGGACAGUCGGGGUUCCCUGGUCUGCAGGGUCCUCCUGGUAUCCCCGGACUUAUGGGAAUGAAAGGAGACGCAGGUGGUGUUAUUGGAGUCAUCCCACUGAAAGGAGAUAAAGGAUUCCCUGGAACACCUGGUUUACUGGGACCCAAUGGCCCCUCAGGACCUGAAGGCCCACCAGGAAACCAGGGAUCAGCUGGACCCAGAGGUUUCCCUGGCCCACCUGGCCCCCAAGGAGAAAAGGGUGACAGGCUGUCUUUCCAGAGUGAGAAGGGAGACAAGGGUGAACAAGGGUUCCGUGGCCCCCCUGGCCCCCCCGGACCUCCAUCACAGGAAGCAGGAGGAAAUUCUGUUACGCAUUACCUCCCAGGACCACCGGGUCAGAGAGGAGAGACAGGAGACAGAGGAGAGAAAGGUUUUUGCAUUCCAUAUCUAAAUGGGGUCAAGGGUGAACAAGGCACACCAGGACCAAGGGGAAAAGAUGGCAAAGAUGGAGACAAUGGAUUUAAGGGAGAGAGAGGCUUUCCUGGUGGCCCUGGAUACCAUGGAACACCGGGUGAAAAGGGAGAGAGAGGCCCUCCGGCACAUGGUGAUGGUGCUCCUGGCGCUCCCGGACCCCCUGGUCUCCCAGGCUUACAAGGAGAAAGAGGUUUCCCUGGUAUUCAAGGAGCUCUAGGCCCACCAGGCAGGCACAUUGAGGGACCCCCCGGAGAGAAGGGCGGGCCAGGAGAGGUCGGUCAGAAGGGAGACAGAGGUGCAGAAGGGGAGUCUCUCAGAGGAAAGCCUGGACAAGAUGGGCUUGUCGGACUCCCUGGUCCUCCCGGACCCCCUGGGGAUGAGCCAUGUGAUCCGGCCCUUGAGAAGGGAACACCUGGGCCCCCUGGCCCACCUGGACUACAGGGGGAGUUGGGACAGAAAGGUGAUCAGGGAGACACGUGUGUGCAGUGCGAAGCCUUCGGCCCCCCUGGACUCCCUGGCCCCCAGGGGCCUAAAGGACAGCAAGGUUAUCCUGGAGCGGCAGGCAGUAAAGGAGACAAUGGCCUGCCUGGACCUGCUGGGCCUGAUGGAAGCCCUGGUAAUUCAGGUGCCCCUGGGUUGAUAGGUGCUCCAGGAGCACAUGGUGAGCCUGGGGACAUCUACCUGGCUCCAGGGCUGAAGGGGGACAAAGGUCUUCCUGGUUUCGUUGGCACACGAGGUCUGCCUGGUGUGGACGGACUGCCAGGGAAAGCUGGACUACCAGGCCUGCCUGGACCCAAAGGAGAACCUGCCAGAGACGGCAUCAAGGGGGACCGUGGUCUGGAUGGGGACCCUGGUUUCACUGGACCCCCAGGAGAGAGGGGUCCUCCUGGGGUGCCAGGGUUCGGCCGGCCGGGGGAGCCUGGUGAGAAGGGUACAUCUGGCCAACAAGGCAGACCUGGAAUCCCUGGACAGCCAGGAGUGAAAGGUGAACCAGGUAAAGGUGUGAGCUCACCUGGACCCCAGGGCUCCCCUGGACCUCGAGGAGAAUCUGGCAUACCUGGACUGCAAGGUGACAGAGGACUUCAGGGAGACCCUGGAAUGCCAGGAUUCCCCGGACAGAAAGGUGACGCAGGUGUCCCCGGCAUUGGAUUCCCAGGAUUACCCGGGCCUAAAGGAUACUCUGGAGCUCCAGGAGCCCCUGGGUUGCCAGGAGAGCCUGGGAGAUCUGGACAGGAUGGUUUCUCUGGAAAACCAGGCACACCUGGUCCAAAGGGUGAGCCAGGUCGGGGUCUACCUGGUCCUAAAGGUGCUCAGGGCCCUACCGGAGAGACAGGUUUCCCUGGAGAUAAAGGAAACUUUGGUCCAACUGGUAUUCCUGGACAACAGGGACACACAGGACCACCUGGAGUUCAGGGAAUUAAAGGUGACCCCGGCCCCCCUGGUCAGCAUGGUGGCACUGGACCCCCUGGACCCCCUGGAGCAGGAGAACCUGGGGCCCCUGGACCAAUGGGACCCCCUGGAGAGCCAGGCUCCUUCGGUCAUGACGGGGUGAAAGGAGAUAAGGGCUUCCCUGGCUCUCCUGGUCUGGACAUGCCUGGCCCCCAGGGAGAGAAGGGAGACUCAGGAUUCCCUGGACUGUCUGGAUCAAAAGGGUUGCCAGGAAGACCUGGCCCGGUUGGCAGAGACGGAUUCCCCGGAGAGCCAGGCCUCAAGGGAGCGAUGGGAGUCAUGGGAAUGCCUGGAACACCAGGAUAUCAGGGUUCUGCUGGGAACCCUGGAACUACUGGACAGAGAGGCAACCCUGGUGUCUCUGGACCUAAGGGGGAGUUCGGUGAGCCUGGACCCAAAGGAGAGAGGGGAGAGCCGGGUCUGCAGGGUCGUCCUGGCAACAUGACUGACGUGGACAUGGAGCACAUGAAGGGAGAGAAAGGAGACAGUGGAGACCCAGGUGACCCUGGACACACUGGAGAGAAGGGUUAUCCAGGACAGGCCGGAGUACCUGGUAUGCCAGGAAAGCAUGGAGAGCCCGGUACUCCUGGUCAGCCAGGUGAGAAAGGAGACACAGGUGUUCCUGGAGAGCCCGGCAGUACUGGGUAUCCUGGAAACAAAGGAAGCAUUGGAGAAAUGGGAUACCCAGGUUCUGUGGGUCCGAAGGGUGCUAAAGGCGUUGUGGGCACAACGGGUCACCCAGGGUUUCGGGGUACAGAGGGGGUGAAAGGAGACAAGGGAACAGCCGGUUUGCCAGGUGUCGGAGUGCCAGGACCCCCUGGAGAGAAGGGUCAGUCGGGUCUGCCUGGUUUCCCUGGUAACGCAGGAGAGAAGGGUCAGAAGGGGGGAAUGGGAGUCCCCGGGAUGCCAGGAACACCAGGAACCAAGGGAGACACCGGUUACAUUGGUCACCCAGGUCAGCCGGGUCGGCCAGGAGAGAAGGGUGUCGGUGGGCUGCCCGGGUCAACAGGAGAGCCAGGUCAAACAGGUCGACCAGGUGAGCCUGGUCUGCAGGGUCCCCCAGGUCCGACUGGAGAGAAAGGAGAGUCAGGAGUGGACGGCAUUCCUGGAUCAUCAGGAGACAGAGGAGACCAAGGUUUACCCGGCAGGGGCUUCCCAGGAAUACCGGGGUCGUCUGGGGUUAAAGGUGAUAAGGGCAGUCCAGGUUUCCCAGGUUCCCCAGGUAUCCCGGGUAUCCCAGGGACCAGGGGAGAGAAGGGUACGCCAGGCUUCCAGGGCUCCCAGGGCCAGCCAGGAGAACAGGGUCACCAAGGACCUGCCAUGGAGGGGCCCAAAGGAGACCAAGGAGUGCCAGGAAAGCCCGGAGAACCAGGUACCAGUGGUGUACCAGGUCCUGCUGGUGUUCCCGGCAGCGCGGCGGGGAAGGGAGACAAGGGAGAUCAGGGUGGACCAGGAGUACAGGGCGAGCAGGGCUUAAAGGGAGAAAGAGGAUACUCUGGACUUCCUGGGCAAUCAGGCCUUCCAGGUGUUGAUGGACUGAAGGGAGAGAUGGGACUGCAGGGUGUGCCUGGUUUCCCAGGGACAAAGGGUGAAUUGGGAGUGUUUGGAUUGAAAGGAGAGCUGGGAGAAAGAGGAUUCCCAGGAACCAAAGGUAAUGAUGGCCCCCCUGGUCCUCCUGGCCCCCACACCUUCAUCAAGGGAGACAACGGCUUCCCAGGUAAUCAGGGCCCUCAGGGGCCUGUGGGGCCCUCAGGUUUCCCUGGGCUGAAAGGACAGCAAGGUAUGACAGGUAUUCAGGGUAUUAAAGGUGACGAGGGGAACCCUGGGUUUAAUGGUCUCCCCGGAGCCAAGGGAGAACCAGGCCUGCUUGGUCCCUCAGGACCGAGAGGGUAUUCCGGACCCCCAGGACCUGACGGUGUUCCGGGUCAGGUGGGCCCUCCCGGCCCCUCCUCCAUGGAUCACGGUUUCCUGGUAACCAGGCACAGCCAAUCGGUGGAGGUUCCACAGUGUCCCGAGGGAACAUUGUUGAUCUAUGAUGGAUACUCCCUACUCUACAUCCAGGGCAACGAGCGUUCCCACGGACAGGACCUGGGUACGGCUGGUAGCUGUCUGAGGAAGUUCAGUCCCAUGCCCUUCCUCUUCUGUAACAUCAACAACGUCUGUUACUUUGCUUCCCGUAAUGACUACUCCUAUUGGCUUACCUCACCUGAGCCCAUGCCAAUGAACAUGGACCCUAUCACCGGUCAGAGCAUCAGGCCAUUCAUCAGCAGGUGUUCUGUGUGUGAGGCUCCUGCCAUGGUGAUAGCAGUACACAGUCAGAACAUCAUGAUCCCAUCAUGCCCCAAUGGCUGGGACUCUCUCUGGAUUGGCUACUCCUUCGUCAUGCACACCAGUGCAGGUGCUGAGGGCUCUGGCCAGGCCCUGGCCUCUCCUGGUUCCUGUCUAGAAGAGUUCCGGAGCGCUCCCUUCAUCGAGUGUCACGGCCGUGGAACCUGCAACUACUACGCCAACUCCUACAGCUUCUGGCUGGCUGCCAUCGAGGACAAGGAGAUGUUUACUAAACCCGUACCCACCACGCUAAAGGCAGGAAGUCUCCGGACUCACAUUAGCCGUUGCCAGGUGUGCAUGAAGAGGACAUAGGCCCCGCCGCUGACCUCUCUGUGAUCCUUGACCACCACCCCACAACCCCUGACCCCACCCAUCUGUCCGUGGUGUGGCUUGACUUCUUGUUAUUGACCAAAGGAUGGUGCUAUUUCACUGUGUGUGAGAGGAGAGGGACAGAGACACACAGACACACACACUCUGUGAAACAGAACAACAAAAACACCCAGAGAUCGCAGAGAGAACAGAUCACACACACAAACACACACCGGAGACCAAGCCAUAACACCAACCGGCCCUUCGCUUCAUCAUGCAGAACACUUUACUAACAUUAUCACAACGUUUCUCUAACGAAUGGCGCCCAGUUUAUGAAUGCACUGAGUAUACCCCCCCCCCUCCCCAUUAGUAAACUGGCGUCCAUUUUGAAAGGGGGUGUUUGUGCAAGUCAGGUGCUAUUGAAUCUUAUCUAUUUGCCUUAUUAUUUUCACUCAAUGCUACUGACUUUCAGCUUUGAGUUACAGUUAUAGAUAGUGUUAUUCACUUAUUUUAUGUUUUGACUCUUUAAAUAACACAGUACUAAUGUAAGGAUGGGAGUUACCACUGGCUACAGAUGCUUGUCAUAGUGAGAGAUCACCAUAGGUUAAAUGUUGCUAGCACACAGGCAUAGCGAUGCUUCUGUUGUAAAUAUAUUGCUUUUCUUUUUCCUAUAUAACAUAACAGCCACCAUAAUCUCUAUUUCGAUUUGUAUUUUAUUUAUGAGAUUUAUGAGAAUAUGUAGAGCGGAUUUGAGUUGCCAAAGAACCAUAAACAAUGUGAGAUAUGAAAGUACAGUAUGUUAUUCUGGUCCAAACGGAUCCAUGCACUUAAAGUUACAAUACUGCAUUUAGCAUUACAUGUUACAUUUAGCAUUACAUGUUAUAUUUAGCAUUACUGUGGCAGCAUCACUGAAAGUGUGUGUGUGUGUGUAUGUGUAUGUCAUUGGAGUCCACACUGCCACAUAUUCACACACACUCACACACACACCCUCUCAGUACGAGGGGGUAAGCUUGCCAUUUCUAUGCAGAGUGUGUGUUUUGUCACAAGCGAAGGAGUUUCCACACACGCUCACUCACACAUGCUGUUGUUGACGGAGGAAUUUCAUGGCUUGUAGUUUGUGUGCAGAGGAAUCCUUAAAAAGAGGGAGAGUCGUCAAACACUUAUCUGUUCACUCGGCCACUCAAUCUAAUUAGUGUGCAGCAAUAGUUCUGUGUAUGUUUCCAGAUACAUCCUUCACAUUAUUUUGCAUGUUGGAGCUUAUUAAUCUUGUGCUAGAACCCAAAGAAAGGCACAUGUAUACACAAACCUUUGUGUACUCUUAUUAUUACACUGAUAUACUUGAUCAUGCCAACUGAAUAGCCUUACUCUCCCUGUACAUAUAGGGAAAGGGGAUACCUAGUCAGUUGCACAACUGAAUGCAUUCAACCGAAAUGUGUCUUCUGCAUUUAACCCAACCCCUCUGAAUCAGAAAGGUGCAGGGGGCUGACUUAAUCAACAGCGCCUGGGGAGCAGUUGUUGGGGGUUAACUGCCUUGCUCAAGGGCAGAACAGCAGAUUUUGCCACCUUGCCGGCUCGGGAUUUGAAACAGCAACCUUUCAGUUACUGGCCCAACGCUCUUAACCACUAGGCUACAUGUUGCUCCCUAGAUAGGCCUAAUGCAAUAGUCUUCCUGUGACAAUUAGCUAGAUAGAUUUAAAUAUACUAUAUUUGCCAUUUUGGUCAAAGACAGAGAGGGAUGCAUUUAUGACUAAGCAUUUCAAGAUUCCUGGGUGUUUUAAAUCUAUAGUACUUUCAAACUCCUUUUUAAAAUGUAUAUUGACAAGCACACUUUUUGGCACAUGUCCCAAAUCUACAACAUGAACCCUUCCCUGCUGCUCCCCUCUUUCUUCUGAGGGUGAACUCUAGAACUCUAGAACCAAGUCUCUCCUCUCCCAGCCCUGAAUCAGUCAAGUCCCAAAUGAAUGAGAUGGAUGAAAUGAAGCUUCCAGACCUUACAAGCUACGUGUAACCAACAAUCACUUAUAGAAUUAGUUUUGACCCAAUUAAUGCCUUUUGAAAGUAAAAGGCUAUUUUUGGCUAACAUUACUCAUCCUGCCCUUUGGUCUUGGCCAAUGAGGGUCAGAUUCAGAUAUUUAUUUCCCUAUCACCUAUAAAUGAUUGCAUCCUCUUCUAAUUUUAUGUCAUUACUCAACCAGAUUUUAUGUGUUGUGUUAUUAUUCUUCCCAAAUGCUCAUUCAUAAAUACAGUAUUAGCAGGACUUCUUGAGGAAUAAGACAGAGUUUGGAGACCAAUUUGGCAGGAGUUCUCGGUUGUAGUCCCUAGUUUAUGAUGAGCAAACAGACCAAAUGUGUUGACAACUAUUCUCCUCACCUCCCAGUCCCCAUACUGUGUAACUCAUUCAAUAAAAUUAUUUCUGUAAAAUA